AUGGCUGCAACAACACAAAGCUCCUCAACUGCUCCUCAUGCUUUCCAAGUCGAGCUGACAAAGUUCAAAAGUCGUUUGACAGGGAAGCAGUUGCAAAACUUCCGGUGCACAUCUCUGAAGGACGUCGAGGAUGCGGUCAAUGAAAUUCAGAGACGUCAAGAUACAGAGCGAGGACUACGUAACUUGACUCGAAUUCGGCGCUUCAUAGAGGCGAUGGAGCAGUUUGGAAAGAUCAUCGAAGUCUUCGUCAAUACUAAUGAUGUCCUUGCCUUUGUUUGGGGACCCUUGAAGUUCCUCCUCCUUGUCUCGAGCACCUCAGCGGAAUGCCUCGACAAGAUUUUGGAUGCCUACGAGCAAAUCGGUGAAUUAUUACCCCUGCUCCAGCAGUACGAGUCGCUUUUUCAACAGCACCCAGAGAUGCAAAAGGUUCUUGCCAUGAUGUACAAGGACAUUCUUGAAUUUCAUCUGCCCGCAAUUCGUGUCCUCGACCGGUCAGGUUGGAAGCAUCUUUUUCGAUCUGCAUGGGGUGACUUCAAUACAAAGUUUGAAGGAAUUCUCCGGAAUCUCAAUCGGCAUGGACAAUUGAUUGCAUCACAAUUCAACCUGCUCCAGGCUCGUCAACACGAAGCACACCAAACAGAGGUACUCAGGGCAAUCCUGGAUGUCGAGCAGGAGGAGCAGUUAUCUGCAAUACGAGUCUGGAUAGGGGGAAAUACCACUUGCGACUCGCAUGAGUCAGCUAUAAAAGCCCGCGAAGGGUAUGCUCAGACGGGAUUGUGGAUCACACAGAAGGAAAAGAUUUCCAGCUGGCUCGCAGACGACCUUCCCCGGUCCUCAAUACUAUGGAUGCACGGCAUUCCAGGCGCAGGGAAAACGAUAUUGGCGUCGAUCAUCAUUCAAGCUUGCCUUGAAGCUUGCAUCACAAAGAAGUUGUUCAAAACCGUCUCUGGAGAGGGCCAGCGCCAGUACAUAGUCGUUGAUGGUUUGGACGAAUGCCGACAAGAGGAACGGAGGUCGCUACUCCCGUUUCUUACCUCUUUGGUCAAAGGAGUUGAUGAUCGAGAGCCGUCAAAGCUACGUGUUCUCAUAAUCAGUCAAGAAGAUCCCGAUAUUAGAGGAUUAUUAUCCUCUGCGGAGGAGUUUGCUAUCACACGCGAUGACAACAGCCAGGACAUUCGUGCCUUUGUGCAAGCAUGGACAGUGAAGAUCCAGGAGAAGUUUGGACUUGGCAACCAAGCAUCGUCCCUGUUGGCUCAGCACACAUGCGGUAAUGCAGCUGGUCAGUUCUUGUUUGCCAAACUGGUCAUGGAAAACCUCCAUCAGCAACUCGACCUUCGCGGCCUUCAGCGUGAACUUGAAACCGAGCGUUUCCCAAAGGAGUUGGCAGAAGCGCUGGCGAGCUCAUGCUUGGGAUACCUCGCUUACCCUUUGUUUGACGGAGCUGUUCUGGAGGAAGACGUACUCGACGGAUCGUAUGCCUUUGCGGACUAUGCAGUUGCGAGAUGGAUGAACCAUUUCGAUACGAUACUCGUUCAGUUGGGGGCAGUGACUGACAUCCAAUUCAAUACACACCAGACUGAGGUGCAAGAGCUCUGGGAAGCAGCGGAGAGCAUGCUACGAGCCAUACGGGAGGGUGGAGACGACCUUGAAAUCAACCUCUCAGAGGCCAGAGCGUUGCAGCUGCAAGUCAGCCUGGGGCCUGAUAUCUGUCGCCGACUCAUAGACUUUGAGGGCGCCGCAGAUGGAUUUCAGUCUCUUUGGACUCACACCGUUCUGUAUCGGAGCAAGGACGCUGAUAAGCGUGGCGAAAUCAGUCUGGCGAGGCUUCGAAAUGCGAUGGGCGGCAUCCGCAGGUCACUGGAAGAGUUCUUUACGAACAGAGACUUGAGUGCUGAAACUCUCGAGAGGGUAAAAUCACAUUACGGCACCAAGUGUUUCCGAUGCCCGAAGGUCACCUGCUUCUACUUUCACGAAGGGUUUACUGACGCAGAAACACGAGAAAGACAUGUUCGCAGACACGAGCGGCCAUUUCAGUGUGUUGUGGUAGACUGCGAUGUGUCGGACGUUGGAUUUGGAUCUAAGAAGGACCUUGAGAACCACAUGCAGAGCUUCCAUCCAAACACCGAGAUCAAAGCUCAGCUCUUCAAGGAAAUACAGACACCGAAACCCGGCCGUGCGAGGUUUGAGUGUGGAGAGUGCGGGAAGAGCUUUGUCCGUGCGUGGAUAUUGAGGGACCAUCAACGAGCGCACAGAGACCAAAGGGACUACAUGUGCGCCCGUUGUGGCAAGGGGUUUGUGAGGAAAAACGAUUGCAAGAGACAUGAGAAAAACCACGAGAACCGACCAUGA